UUAUUAUGUAGUUGAAUAGUAGACGCUUACACGUUAAGUUCAUUAUAUUUUAUUUUAAUUUAGUUCUCACAUAAUCAGACAGAACCCAAAAGCUUGCUGAUAAUACGAAGGGGAAGAAAAGGAGAAACGAAAAGGAGUCCUAGUUGUAACAACGUUGUUAGUGAAGAACGCGUCAUUUCAAAAUGGGUUCUCUGUUUCGCAGUGAGGAAAUGACGCUUUGUCAGUUGUUUCUGCAAAGUGAGGCAGCCUAUGCCUGUGUCUCAGAAUUGGGUGAAUUGGGAUUAGUUCAAUUUAGAGAUCUAAAUCCUGAUGUUAAUGCUUUCCAACGGAAAUUUGUGAACGAGGUAAGGCGUUGCGAUGAAAUGGAACGUAAAUUACGUUAUCUGGAGAAGGAAAUUAAAAAGGAUGGCAUCCCCAUGUUAGACACAGGAGAAAGUCCAGAGGCACCACAGCCCAGAGAAAUGAUUGAUUUGGAGGCAACCUUUGAAAAAUUGGAAAAUGAAUUGCGUGAAGUCAAUCAAAAUGCUGAGGCAUUGAAACGUAAUUUCUUGGAGUUGACCGAAUUAAAACAUAUUCUCCGUAAAACUCAAGUUUUCUUUGAUGAGGCGGUCCCGACUAUAUCAUAUAAUACAACAUCCCACUAUAAAUCACGACGUUACCGACAGAUGGCCGAUAAUCAAAAUGAAGAUGAACAGGCACAGUUACUGGGAGAAGAUGCCGGCGUACGGGCCAGCCAACCAGGACAAAAUUUAAAAUUGGGCUUUGUGGCUGGUGUUAUAUCACGAGAGAAAUUGCCCGCUUUUGAGCGUAUGUUAUGGCGUGCCUGCCGCGGUAAUGUUUUCUUGCGUCAAGCCAUGAUUGAAUCACCAUUGGAGGAUCCAUCAAAUGGCGAUCAAGUCUACAAAUCCGUUUUCAUCAUCUUCUUCCAAGGUGAUCAAUUGAAGACACGUGUCAAGAAAAUCUGUGAAGGCUUCAGGGCAACACUUUAUCCUUGCCCGGAGGCCCCAGCAGAUCGUCGUGAAAUGGCAAUGGGUGUCAUGACACGCAUUGAAGAUCUUAACACGGUCUUGGGACAAACUCAAGAUCAUCGUCAUCGCGUUUUGGUGGCUGCCGCUAAAAACCUGAAAAAUUGGUUUGUCAAGGUUCGCAAAAUCAAGGCCAUUUACCAUACCUUGAACCUGUUCAAUUUGGAUGUAACACAAAAGUGUUUGAUUGCCGAAUGUUGGGUGCCGGUACUGGACAUUGAGACUAUUCAGCUGGCAUUGCGCCGUGGUACCGAGAGAUCGGGUUCUUCUGUACCGCCUAUUUUGAAUCGCAUGCAGACAUUUGAAAAUCCCCCAACCUAUAAUCGCACCAAUAAAUUUACCAAAGCAUUUCAGGCUCUAAUCGAUGCCUAUGGUGUAGCCACCUAUCGUGAAAUGAAUCCGGCUCCAUACACUAUAAUUACUUUCCCAUUUUUGUUUGCUGUCAUGUUCGGCGAUUUGGGUCACGGUGCCAUUAUGGCCCUAUUCGGCCUCUGGAUGAUACGUAAGGAGAAAGGAUUGGCAGCACAAAAAACCGAUAAUGAAAUUUGGAAUAUAUUCUUUGGUGGCCGUUAUAUAAUCUUCUUGAUGGGUGUAUUUUCCAUGUACACGGGCCUUAUUUACAAUGAUAUAUUCUCGAAAUCCCUCAACAUAUUUGGCUCACAUUGGGAGGUGAACUAUAACAAGUCCACGGUAUUGGAAAAUAAAUAUCUACAACUGAAUCCGGAGACAAGUGAUUAUCUUGGUACACCAUAUCCCUUUGGCAUGGACCCAAUAUGGCAAGUGGCCGGAGCUAAUAAAAUUAUAUUCCAGAAUGCUUAUAAAAUGAAGAUUUCCAUUAUAUUUGGUGUGAUCCAUAUGAUCUUUGGUGUUGCAAUGUCCUAUCACAACCACACCUAUUUCAAGAAUCGUUUGUCAUUGAUCUUUGAGUUCAUUCCGCAAUUGAUUUUCCUGUUGUUUUUGUUCUUCUACAUGGUUUUGUUGAUGUUUAUUAAAUGGAAUCGUUAUGCUGCUACCAAUAAACCACCUUAUUCGGCUUCUUGUGCUCCAUCGAUUUUGAUUACAUUUAUUGAUAUGGUCUUGUUUAAUACUCCGAAACCGGUUCCCGAAGGUUGUAAUGUUUAUAUGUUUGGCGGUCAGCACUUCUUCCAAGUGGUUUUUGUUCUUGUGGCAUUGGCCUGUAUUCCUGUAAUGCUUUUGGGUAAACCCUUGCAGAUAAUGAAACAACGCAAACAUGCUAAUGUCCAACCCAUAACUGGUAGUGAUGCUGAAGUUGGUAUGUCUAAUGGUCAACCAGCUGGUCAUGGUGCCGGCGGCCAUCAUGAUGAGGAAGAGAUGUCCGAAAUAUUUAUUCAUCAAGGCAUUCAUACCAUUGAAUAUGUCCUGGGCUCUGUUUCACAUACUGCAUCGUAUUUGCGUUUGUGGGCAUUGUCAUUGGCUCAUGCUCAACUUGCUGAGGUCUUAUGGAAUAUGGUAUUGUCGAUUGGUUUGAAACAAGAGGGCUGGUUCGGAGGCAUUAUGCUAACAAUUGUAUUUGCUUUCUGGGCUAUUUUGACCGUUGGCAUCUUAGUGUUGAUGGAAGGCUUGUCCGCAUUUUUACAUACCUUACGUUUGCAUUGGGUUGAAUUCCAAAGUAAAUUUUACCAAGGAACUGGCUAUGCAUUCCAACCAUUCUCAUUCGAUGCUAUCAUUGAAAAUGGCGGUGCUGCCAGCUCAGCAGAAAAUGAGUAAAUUA